GAUUCUAUAAGUGAGCUGGGAAGGUAGGAGACGAGAGAGCGGCUACAAUGACUUCAGCAGUCCUAGUGGACAUCCGAGAUGAAGUCACCUGCCCUAUCUGCUUGGAGCUCCUGACAGAACCCCUGAGCAUAGAUUGUGGCCAUAGCUUCUGCCAGGCCUGCAUCAUAGGAAACAGUGACAAUUCAGAGCUGAGCCAAGGAGGGAGGGGCAGCUGUCCUGUGUGCCGGACCGCCUACCAGCCCGGGAACCUCCGUCCUAAUCGGCACCUGGCCGCCAUAGUGAAGAGGCUUAGAGAGGUUGCUUUGGGUCCCGGAAAACAGCUCGAGGUCAUUUUUUGUGCACUUCAUGGAGAGAAACUCCAGCUCUUUUGCAAGGAGGAUGGGAAGUUAAUUUGCUGGCUUUGUGAGCGAUCUCAGGAGCACCAUGGUCAUCACACAUUCCUCAUGGAGGAGGUGGCCCAGGAGUACCAGGACAUGUUCCAGGAGUCUUUGAAGAAGCUGAGGAGGGAGCAGCAGGAAGCUGAGAAGCUAAAAGCUCUUAUCCAAGAGAAGAGGGAUUCCUGGAAGAGUCAGGUGGAGCCUGAGAGACACCGGAUCCAGGCAGAGUUUAACCAGCUCCGCAGCAUCCUAGACAGGGAGGAGCAACGAGAACUGAAGAAACUGGAAGUGGAAGAGAGGAAGGGGCUGAACAUCAUAGAAAAGGCGGAAGGCGACCUGAUCCACCAGAGCCAGUCACUGAAAGACCUCAUCUCUGACCUGGAGCACCGGUGCCGGGGCUCCACAGUGGAGCUGCUGCAGGAUGUGGGUGAUGUCACAAAAAGGAGUGAGUUCUGGACCCUGAGGAAGCCCCAAGCUCUCCCCACCAAGCUGAAAAGUUUGUUUCGAGCCCCGGAUCUGAAGAAGAUGCUGCGAGUCUUUAGAGAGCUGACAGACGUCCAAAGCUUCUGGGUGGACGUGACUCUGAAUCCACAGACGGCUAAUUUAAAUCUUGUCCUGUCGAAAAACCGGAGACAGGUGAGGUUUGUGGGUGCUAAGCUGUCCGAGCAAUCCAGUCUGGAAGAACAUUAUGACUGUAGUGUCCUGGGCUCUCAGCACUUCUCCUCAGGAAAAUACUACUGGGAAGUGGACGUGACCAAGAAGACGGCGUGGAUCUUGGGUGUAUGCAGUACCCCCGUGGAACCCAUGUUCUCUUUUAACCAGUACUCCAACAAGCAGGGUGCCUACUCCAGGUAUCAGCCGCAGAAUGGGUACUGGGUGAUCGGGUUGCAGCGUAAGCACGAGUACAGAGCCUAUGAGGACUCCUCCCCAUCCCUGCUCCUCUCCAUGACGGUACCACCUCGACGCAUAGGGGUUUUCUUAGACUAUGAGGCUGGCACGGUCUCCUUUUAUAAUGUCACAAACCAUGGCCUGCCCAUCUACACCUUCUCGAAGUAUUACUUUCCUACUGCCCUUUGUCCGUAUUUUAAUCCCUGCAGCUGUGUAGUCCCUAUGACCCUGCGGCGCCCAGCUUCCUGAGGUCCGCUACCCCUUCCCAUAAGUAAGCAGAUUCCCUCAAAGAUGAAUUUCCUCUCUGAGCCGCUGUUCUCUGUGUUCUCCUAGUAGGACACCGACCAUUUUUGUUAGUGAGCGCCCUUGACCCAUCUCAUGGGAAAGUGUUUUGGGUUUUAUGUAUUUUGCUUUUGGGUUGUUUUGUUUUUUGUUUUU